AUGAGAACUUUAUAUGCUGUGAACUUCUUUCUCUUAUUCGGCUUUUUGAAGGCUGAUGUUUGCCCUUCAUAUUUCACAUAUCAAAGCGAUCUAGACUCUUGCUUACUCCAUUUGAACACAACAGAGAGUUGGCCUGUCGCAAAAACUCUUUGCAAUCAGCUUGGUGGCGAGCUUCUCUCCGUGCACAAUGCUUUUCAAAAUAGUAUCACUGCAAACGUGCAAACAAAUAUGACUGGUAGUGACAAGGCCUGGCUUGGCGCAACUCGAAGCUCGAAUGGAACGUGGACCUGGAGUGAUGGCACUCCUUUCAAUUAUCAACGAUUUUCAUCACCAAAUGAUCCUGGUGAUUGCGCUUACUUGGAUACAAACGAUGUGAUGUGGAAGAUCACAGCUUGCUCCAAUCAAUUUCAAUUCCUCUGUGCUUCUCCAUCAAUCUCCACCACUCCAUCAUCUCUCACAACCACGCCAAGUCUUCAGUGUCUUCCACCUAAACAACAACCUCUCUACAAUUGCCUCCAGGGUUGGCAAUACUUUAAUGGAUCUGAAUACUUGGUGAUUUUCGAUAAAUUUUUCGAUGAUGGUGAAGAGUAUUGUGUGGAUCAAGGCGGUCAUCUUGCGUCAAUCCAUCACGCUAGAGAAAAUGCUUUCAUACAAAAUCUUUGCUGCCCAUCUUCCUGUCAAACCGAUCAUAAUAAAGUCUGGAUGGCUUAUUAUCUUCUUGGCGGGCAUUGGAAUGAUGGAAAGAUCGUUUGGAGUGACGGAACUCCCGAUGACUAUCGCCACGAAGAUUGCAGUGAUCAACAGAGACAAGAAGGAGACAAUCUUUUGAUGUUUAAUUGGGAACAAUGCAGCAUAUGCGCCACUCCAGGAAUCUGGCAUUACGAUAACAAGGACAGCGAAGGAGCCACAAGUCCAUAUCUUGUUCGAGAAUCGGUGAGAAUCAAGUCACCCGGUUAUAUGAUCCAUGAAGCCGUUCAAUGGUCAAAAGUUCACCGAAAAUGGUUUUUCCUUCCAAGAAGAGCUUCGGGGAACGAAUAUGUUGAUUACGGUAAAGAAAGCAUGAUA